AUGUCGAACUGGUUCGAUCUUCACACCGAUCUUCUAACGGAAAUAGCCACAAGAUUAAACUCCAUUGAAGAUUAUAUCAGAUUCGGUGCAGUCUGCAAAACAUGGCGAUCAGUAGCAAGAACAAACAAUUUCAACAAAUUAUGCGUAAAUCAAAGCCCCUGGUUCAUGCUCCAACACACCGGUCAGUUCUUCGCUCUCUCAAACCCUAAAGAAAUCAGCAUCAAAUUUCAAACACAGAUGCGAUAUUUGAAGCAAUUAUGCGUGUCUUCAAAAGGUUGGAUUUUCAUGAAUAAAUGGAAUAUGAAAAAUAAGAAAGACGAUGAUUUUAUCAGCCUAGUCCAUCCAUUAUCUUUAUCUAAAAUUCAACUCCCCAGUAUGAUCCGACACAAACCUAUAAAUCAUACGAUUGUUUAUGUUUCGAAGGGUGUGUUAUCGAGUAGCCCCGGUUCGAAAUCGGAUUUCAAAAUUAUGAUUACUUGUGUAUACUAUGAUAAGUGA